AUGCCGUCCACGCCAGAACCAGCGCCAGCACCGAAAAGAGACGAGCGCAAAGCAUGUUGGUCGCAUCGAGAUCGUUACUUUGCCUGCUUGACACAGAAGGGCGUCACCGUACCGCCUGGAACUGAUAUGAGCGAUGGCAGAGGACCCGUCGGCAAGGCCGCAAAGGAAGAGCAGGAAAGAUUGGAAAGGGAGAAGAAGGUGACCGCAGAGAAAGUACGCAAGCAAGAUCCUUGCCUCGAGGAAAGGCAAGGCUACGAGACAAAUUGCGCAAGAAGCUGGGUCGACUACUUCAACAAACGACGAGUCCUGGAAGAACGCCAGAAGAUGAUGUACGCACAGGCCGAGUCAGAUCGAUCAAAACGCUAG